CCGGGGUCUAGACACUGAUUCCCUCUCCUGGGUUAUCAGUUGCCAAUAGAGACCAUAUCUUUCGUUGAAUCCCAUUGUCCCAGAUCCUUGAUAGUUGCCCAUCAUGCUACUGAAGCAGGUCCUUGUGGCCGCUUUGCUCUCUUUGAGCUCUGUCACGGCUUUCCCGAAUCCGAAUCACCUCCAUGACGUGGAGGCUAGGGAUGUCGAAGAUAAUCUCGUUGCUCGUACCAACAGCCACGAUUGCGGCUCUUAUGCUACCUGGAACAACGGAAAGAAUUGCUGUGUUUGCAAAGACAAUGGCAAGAAUUACGACUCCAAUAACAAGUCAUGCAACUGCCCUAGUGGCUUGACUUGGGAUGGCCACCAGUGCGUUCAUGACUGCGGGAAAGAUGCUACUUGGCAGUAUGGAAAAUGUGUUUGCAAGAAUAACGGCGAAAUCUACAACCCCAAGACCAAGACUUGCAGCUGCCCACCAGGACAGUACUGGAACGGCAAGAGCUGCCAGGUGGACUGUGGAAAAGAUGCUUCGUACGACUACAAACAGAAGAAAUGCGUGUGCAAGAAAAACGGCCAAGUCUACAAUUCCAACUCCAAAACUUGCAGCUGCCCUUCUGGAACUGUUUGGAACGGCUAUGGAUGUGUUGUUGACUGCGGCAAAGAGGCGCACUUCGAUAAUAAUCAAAAGAAGUGCGUGUGCAACAACAAGGGCGAAGUGUACAACUCCGGCAGCAAGACUUGCAGUUGUCCUGGCGGACAGUACUGGAACGGCAAGCAGUGUGCUUGUCCUUACGGUCAAGUCUGGAACGGCAAACAGUGUGUAGUAGACUGUGGCAAGGAAGCUCACUUUGAUAAUAACCAAAAGAAGUGUGUGUGCAACAAAAACGGUCAAGUCUACAACUCAAAGACCAAGACUUGCAGUUGUCCUGGCGGACAGUACUGGAAUGGAAAGCAAUGUGUCUGCCCGUAUGGUCAAGUCUGGAAUGGCAAGCAGUGUGUCCCCGACUGCGGCAAAGAUGCCACAUAUGAUUACAACCAGAAGAAGUGUGUUUGCAAGAACAAGGGCGAGAUCUACAACUCGAAGACCAAGACUUGCAGCUGUCCAGAUGGUCAAUACUGGAAUGGAAAGCAAUGUGUCUGCCCAUACGGCCAAGUCUGGAAUGGCAAGCAAUGUGUUCCGGAUUGCGGAAAGGAAGCCCAUUUCGAUUAUAAUCAGAAGAAAUGCGUGUGCAAUAAUAAUGGCGAGAUCUACAACUCAAAGACCAAGACUUGUAGCUGUCCCGACGGCCAGGUUUGGAAUGGAAAGCAGUGUGUUUGCCCAUACGGCCAGGUUUGGAACGGCAAGCAGUGUGUCCCCGACUGCGGCAAAGAGGCUACAUUUGAUUACAACCAGAAGAAGUGUGUUUGCAAGAACAAGGGCGAGAUCUACGAUUCCAAAACCAAGACGUGCAGCUGCCCUGACGGCCAAUUCUGGAAUGGCAAGCAAUGUGUCUGCCCCUACGGAACAAUCUGGAACGGCAAGCAGUGUUGUGUUCCUGACUGCGGCAAAGAUGCCCACUUCGACAACAACCAAAAGAAAUGCGUAUGCAACAAGCAAGGACAAGUCUAUGAUAGCAAGUCCAAAACCUGUAGCUGCCCUGACGGCCAGGUCUGGAAUGGAAAGCAAUGUGCUUGCCCGUAUGGCCAGAUCUGGAAUGGCAAGCAGUGUGUUCCUAACUGCGGCAAAGACGCCCACUUCGACAGCAACCAGAAGAAGUGCGUAUGCAACAAGCAAGGAGAAGUCUAUGAUAGCAAGUCCAAGACCUGCAGCUGCCCUGAUGGUCAGUAUUGGGACGGAUCCAAGUGCGCGUGCCCCUACGGAAAGAUCUGGGACGGAAAACAAUGCGUACCCAACUGCGGAAAAGAUGCCAGUUACGACAGCAAGCAGAACAAGUGCGUGUGCAAGAACCAGGGCCAGGUCUACGAUAGUAAAUCCAUGACUUGCAGUUGCCCGUCUGGAACUUCUUGGAACGGCUACGCCUGCGUGCCAGAUUGCGGCAAAGACGCCCACUAUGACAGCAACCAGAAGCAGUGUGUGUGCAACAAGCAAGGACAAGUUUUCGACAGCAAAUCCAAGACUUGCAGCUGCCCAGGCAAUCAGUACUGGAAUGGCAACAAGUGCGCGUGCCCAUACGGAUCGACUUGGGAUAGCAGCAAGAAGACCUGCAAGAUGAACUACCCUUCUUGAGUUUAAGAGGUGAUACCCUAAGGGGGUAUUGACUUUUUACUUAAUAAGAGAUAGCAAUGGCUUGUUCUUCAAAAUGAAAUGGAGUAUGUUGCAAAUGAAAAAAAAAAAAAAGCAAACAAGUUAAAAAAAAGAUUUUGUACUUAGUUGUAUUUGGUUGGAUAUGAAGGUCGUUCUCUUGAUGACAAAAGAUGAUAUGUGUAUAAUAUUCUAUAGGGGCCACAUUUAACGGCUGAACCACUGUAGUAAUGCCGAUGACUUAAAAUCUCA